AUGAAAUUCUCAACCACCCUGUCCAAUGGGCCACCAAAAUAUACACUGAGAACAAGGCAGCCAUUAUCAUUCAACAGACACUGUCGAUACUUGAGUAGCCGCACUCACCACAAAUCUCUCCUCACUAUUGCCAUAGAGACAUCAUGCGAUGACACCUGUGUCGCUAUCCUCGAAAAAGCAGGCCCAGCAGCACGCUUACAGUUCAACAAGAGAAUACCAUCAAACCAUGUUGAAUUCAAGGGCAUACAUCCUACAAUAGCCUCCAAAUCGCACGAGAUUCAGUUGGCUAAGCUGGUCAACGAAGCUGUACAGUCACUACCAGAGCACACCAACCACUCCCCAGAGGUCAAAACCAUUUCUAUCCGCGACCCACAAACAGGCAAACCCACCCCCCGACGACUUCCUGACUUUGUCUCCGUGACAAGAGGCCCAGGCUUCCCACGAUGUCUAGACGUCGGCCUCGGAGUAGCCAAAGGCCUCUCUGUCGCCUGGCAGGUCCCCUUCCUAGGAGUUCAUCACAUGCAAGGCCACGCCCUCACCCCCCGCCUCGACCACGCCCUACAACAACCCUUCCCCCCUUCCUCCUCAACCCCCUCAUCAAAACUCUCCCCUAAAUUUCCCUUCCUAACCCUCCUCGCCUCAGGAGGCCACACCCAGCUCCUCCUCUCCACCACCCUAACAACCCACACCAUCCUCGCAACAGUAACCAACAUCUCCCUAGGCGACAUGCUCGACAAAGCCGCGAGGGAAAUCCUCCCCCCCUCCCUCCUCAGCUCCCUCCCAAACAUAGCCUACGCCGCCGCCCUGGAACAGUUCGCCUUCCCCUCUCCCUCCUACAAGUACACCCCCCCUCCAAACCGGCACUCCGAAACCCUCCCCUCCCCCCUCCCCUCCCCACCAUUUGAGCCCGGGUGGUCCCUCACCCCCCCUCUCCCCCUAAGCAAAGAAAUGACCUUCAACUUCUCCGGCUUCGGCGGCCAAGUCCAGGAACUAGCCCAGUUCUACCCCCACACCAAACUCGACCGCGUCAGAGCCGAGGAAUCCAACCAAAUACUCUCCCCCCCAUCCCUCACAACCGAACAGCGCCGGAUUUUAGCAAGAGAAACAAUGAGGCUGGCAUUCGAGCACCUCGCUUCAAGGGUCGUUUUUGCGCUGAGGGAACUCCAGCCUGUGAGCGAGGCCGACAAGAGGCAUGGUACCGGGAGGAAUGAUCUGAAAAGAUUGAAGGGGCUGUUGAGGGGAGGACAAAAGAUCGAGACGUUGGUGCUGUCGGGGGGCGUGGCGUCGAAUAAAUUUCUGAGACACGUCCUGAGGAGUGUCCUCGAUCAGAGGGGGUGGCCUGAUAUAAAGCUGGCUGCUCCGCCUGUGAGUCUUUGUAGCGACAACGCGGCCAUGAUUGCAUGGGCGGGGAUGGAGAUGUUCGAGACGGAGGGGGUGGAGACUGAUUUGGGAGUGAGGUCAAUUCAACGCUGGUCGUUGGAUGAGAGUCUUGGAGAGGAGGGGACGAGGGGGGUGAUGGGGGUUGACGGGUGGCUCAAGAGGCAGAAGAUCCAAGAUACUCCUGCUCCCCAGCUCCAGCGCCUCCUCCACCGUCAAGUCGUACCUGUACUCGGCAUCCAGCACGCCAUACGCAAACGUCUGGCCGGACCCGACGCAAAACAGGUUCCCCGCCAGCCUCGUGCCGUCGCUGUCAAUGUAGUACAGCGCCGGCCCUUCCUCCUUGGUGACGCCGGCGCACAUGGUGCCCAUCGACAGGCCCUUGCCCUUGUACUGGUACACCAGGUUGGCGAGGAUCUUGCUCGCGGCCGCGACAGAGAUUCUCCUCUUGUGGCGGAGCUCGUGGAGGCGGCACUGCAUACCGAGCCAGGCGAGCCAGUACUGGCAGUCGGCGGCGCCGCCGGCCAUGGUGCCGAGGAGGUCGGAAUUGAUCUCGAUGACCUUUUUGACCGUCUGGGAGGCGAUCCAGUUGCCGGCCGUGGCGCGGGAAUCGGUCGCGACGAUGAUGCCACCCUGGAAGCGGAAGGCGAGCGUGGUGGUGCCGUGGGCGAUCUUGAUGGGGCAGUGGGGGUUGGAGCGGUCGUCGGUUGCUGCGCGGAGCCAGGCCGAGGGCUGGAGUAA